AUGACUCGUAAUAAGAACAAACGAUCAUCACCUUCACCGAACUCAUCUCCACUUCCCAAUCUAAAGCAGAAGUUGAAAAUGACGCAAAACCCUUCCGUAUCCGAAUCAUCAAGGGGCAUCAGAUAUGCGUCUAAGAAGAAACGAGAAUUGGAAGAUGAAGAAGGAGAAUAUCAAUGUAAUAGAAAAGAGGAAGAAGUAGACAACGAUUGUCCAGCGAGAAGAACUAGGUCUCAUCGUGCAUCGAACGAAACACAGGAAAGAGGAUUUUCCUCCUCGACUAGUAUAGGUGGACCAGGAACUAUGACUCUGAAGAAAAAAGCUUUUAUAGUCGAAGUUGCUAUUCCACCAAGAUUGAUAACUCGCUCCAGUCAACAAAGUACCUCAACUCUCACUAUAGCUACAGCUACAGAUACUUCAAAACCCAGUGGUACCCCCACAUCAUACGCUAAAGUCCUCGCGCCCACUCCAAGAUCAUUGGCCUCAACAACUCCCUCUUCCCAAGUGAGCUCGAGUAAUAUCCCCCAUAAAGCUUCACCUUCAACUUCCUCGAAAUCAAAAUCAACCAUAUUUUCCGUUGCUCCAGCCCACGCCAAGCCAAGUCUGACUUCUUCACCUCAAAUCCCAGUAGUGCAUCUGGAGAUAGAAGCGGAAUGUAUCAUUUGUUCAGAAGAGUUAUCUGCAAUACUGUCAAAAGCUGAGAUAGCAGGGAAAGGUGGUCUAGGAGGUGGACUAAGUUUAUGGUCUUGUGAAUUGACAGGAUGCGGUGCACUAUUCUGCAUCACCUGCGCACUGGCUAGUAUCAGACGCCAUUCGAAUUCGAAUUCAAAUCCAGCGUCCCAUUCUAGGCAAGAGACGAAACCAACUUGUUCUGCCUGUACGAGGGAAUGGGAUGUCAAAAUGAUCGAAGAACAAGCUAAAGCAUAUGAUCCAUCUUUAUUUUCUCCUCCAAUUCCGCUCGCACAGCAGGUACCGAUCCACGCUACCUCUACGCGACGUAUUGGUCCUCCUUACUGA